GGGCUUGAGCGCGCGGAGGCGUGGAGCCAAUUGUGGCGCGCAGGCAGCCGCGCUGUGCGCUCUGCGCGCUGCCAGCUCUGGCUCAGGAGCUGCAGCUCGUAAUGCUCGUGCUCAGGGUUCCGCCAGCUUCAGCGGAGGUGUUGCAGUCAUGACAGCCUCAAAACCCGGCCAGCGCCACAGCCCACGGUAGCGCGCGGUAGGCGGCCGCCUCUGCGCUCCUCCUUCCGGCGCUGCUUGUGGAUCAGGGCGUCCCGCUGGGAGCGACGGAUCUCGGCUAAGCUGCAGUCGUGUUGGCCACGGAUGCUGCGGGCAUCCCGAGAGCUCGGCAUGCGGUGUACCCACCCCAGGAAACAGCGCUCUGUGGGCUGAGAUCUGCUGCUCUGUUUGCUGGAUCAAAGCUGAUGCGAUGGAGGAUUCCGGGAUGGAAGCGGCGGAUUCUAACCUGAGCAAGGCGGAAAAAAGAGAUGCGUUUUAUGAUGAGGAGCAUCUCCCCCCUCUGCUGGAGGAUGAGGAGAACGUGUCGCUGGCGGACAUACUCUCUCUGCGGGACAGCUGUCUGUGCGAGGAGGAGGUGUGGGCCGUGUGUGCGGAGUGCCUUCUGGCCUUACAGAGUAUCCGACCCUCCCACCUCUUCCACACGCUGUGCAUCACACCCGACACACUGGCCUUCAACGCUCACGGGAAUGUUUGCUUCAUGGAGCAGCUCAGCGACGAUCCUGAGGGCUCCUUCGUGCCUCCUGAGUUUGACCACACUGGCAGCACAUUUGAGGGCCACAUUUAUUCUUUGGGUUCAACGCUUUCUGUGGCACUCAGCUUUGUUAUUGAGCCAGAACUGGAGGCAGAUUUAGGAGAAGAAAUCCAGAAGCUGCUGGAGCAGAUGCAGGAGGAGGACCCUGAGGAGAGACCGCUCCUGCAGGACAUCCUGUCUCUGGCUGAAGUGCGGCUCUGUCACACCUCCUCUGCUGCUGUGUGCAGGAAACUGUCCGCCGUUGGGCGGCGUGUGCUCUCCAUUGAAUCCGUGUCAAACUUUCAAGAUGGACAGGAAGCUUCCUGGGAGGCGAGAUGGCAGCUUUCCAAACCCAGAUAUUUAGUGAAAAGGCUGAGCUCAGAUGAUAAGAGCCUCAACACUUCAGUGACAAAUGCUCUGUCGCGGCAGCAGGUAUGCGGGGGCUGGGAUUCCUCCCUCUGGGCUGAGGACAUGGACAGCAGUGAAGGAGACAACACCAUCUUGGCAGACGAGAUGGACUGCCGGUCUCACAACAGCUCCCCAGUGAGGAGGAGGGCUCCGCAGAGGCCGAGCAGGGCAAGGGGGGCUCUGAAUCGCUCCUGUUCUGUUCCUGACUCCAACAACCCCCCUUGUCUCUCCACUCCUACCCAUGGAGAUAUCAGCACCCCGGUUUCUGACCUGACUGAGAUCGGAGCAGAUGAGCGAUUGAGCUGCCAGUCUGUGUGGAGUGACAGACUGGAGAGACUUAACCGGGGGAAGUCCUGUGAGUCUUACCCUCACUGCAGAGCUGAGGACAGCAGAGAUGAGUCAGAAAGAAAUGAGGACGGAGAGACCUGCACCACAGAGAGAAAUAUCCAGGAGAACCAGGAAAGUCCUCCUGAAGAGGGAGCUUCGUCCUGUGCUUCCUGCCGGGAGCUGAAAAUGGAAUCGGGCACUUCAGAGGGCCGCAGCACGCUGAUCCACAGCCUCUACAUUCCUAAUAACUUCAUGACCAAAAGCAUGCUGUGCCUGAAUGAAGAAUCUCAGGAUGAGUGGAUCUCUCUGAGGGAGCUGCUGACUCGCUGUGGACGGAGGCUGAGCGUGUUUGAGCUGUGGGCUCUGUGUCACACCUGUCUGUCCUCGCUGCAAACAUACACUCACUUUCCAGCCUAUUUAUGCCUUGACACCGUGUAUGUGAGCUGUGAGGGAGAGGUGCUCUUUCUGAAACCUAAAAACACUGGAUGCCAGGAUGAAUUUUAUUUGGCUCCCGAGUAUCAAGAACAUGGCAUCGUAACUGAGAAGGUCUGUGUGUACGGAGUUGCUGGAAUUAUCUGGGCCACAGCUAAGUUCAAUUUAUCCCCUCAUCAAAAGCUGGCAAUGCCUCGCAAAAUGAAGAGACUCCUCCUGGAAAUGGCUAGACUGACACCCAUGGAAAGGCCUACCAUACUUAUGGCGAAAAAAAGCUGCCAUGACAUCCUGUCACUCAAGGGGACAGAUGCUGAGAGCGUUUGGAGCAGACUCGUUCGCAGAGUUCACUCAUCUGCCUCUAGAUCCAGUGCUUCAGAAGAUCUGAGUGCGCCAGAAGCUCACCAGUGUGAGGAGCAUUCAUCAGCUGGCGGCUUUGUGCCCAUGGCCAAUGAGAGCCCACUGGCUCCUGUGCCUGGCCCUGUUCCCCACAGCUCUCCAGUCACCAACAGACCCCCAAGAGACUUCACCAACUCUGCUUCACAUUUCGUCACCAUCAUUCUGACCAGCCAAGAAGAGAAAGAGGAGGAGAGACAACUAGGACUUGCUUCAGAAGGGUGCUCUGUGGUCAUGGAGGGGGGAGAUCUUUCAGCGGGUGGCAGCCAUGAAAACCCCUGUGAAGUUGAGUUUCUGUUGGAGAGGGAGGAAGGGCUGGAGGAACAAAGGAGCCCGGACUUCUCGGAGGACAUGGAGGACAGCGGGUUUCUGGAGUCUGAGCGAUCCAGAGCAGGAGCCGGGGGCCUCGGCCCCAGCUCAGCCUGGGCUUUGGCCUUCUUUGGAGCGGAUUGUUUUGGUCCAGAGGUGAUCGAGUAUGUAGCAAAUCUAGGGAUGCACACAAGUUCGCCGAGCCUGGACGUGAAGGCAGAGGAACUUCAGCAGCAGCUGAUUAUCGAGACGAGGAAUCUGAAGAAAACCAGAAAUUUCUACCAAAGGUUAAUUCAGCAGGAGAGGAAAAACAAAGGUUCAGAAACAAAGCUGAUGCUCUCCAAGAUGAAGUCCCAGCUUGAAGAACUGCGAUCCAAAGUGACCUUCCUGGAUUGUGUGAGAAAAUAUCUGGAGGUUCUGAGAGUGGACCGCUGGGGUUUGGAGGUGUCAUUGCUGCCCUCUCUCGCUGUGUCUGGAUGGGACUGGGAGCUUCAGUCCUCUGAUGACCCCUCAGUUCUGAGCUUCAGUGUCAACAAAGGGAAGAGUACACUCCAGGCCGGGUCUGCUCUGGGCCUCAUGGCUCACCUGUAUGCCAGAAAUGCAGCUGUUGAGGGCUACAUCCAGCAGUUCCUGUAUACCUACCGUUUCGUCUGCACCCCUGAACAAUUCCUGCAGUUCAUCAUGGAGAAAUUCUGCUGUGCCACAAGGGAGGGUCCAGAUAUGUCAGGAGACAGGGAGAAGAUCUUCCAUCGCAGUCUGGAUCUGCUGCAGCUCUGGUUGACCGACUGUAGAUCAGUAGACUUCAGAAAGUCCAGCCUAGUGGAAACAGUAGAGAACUUCCUAAACACUGAAGUGAUUCCUGCUUACAGCCAGGGUGAGGCGCUGCUCCAUGCGCUGCACGGCUGCCACACUUCACCUGCAGCCACACUGGGAAAAGGAGGUCAAACUGCAUUUGAUGAAGAUGACUCUGUGUGUUUGCGUUCAUCUUUGGAGGAUCUGUGUAGGAAAUGGAGGAUCCCACGGGUGGUGGAGUCCUCUCCCUCCAGGCCUAAAGAAAAGGCCUUCUCCAUCUCUGCUGCCCUGCCCCUGCCCUGCCACGCCUCCAUGAUGUCCAGCAUUUGCCUGCAAAAUGAAGAGCAACCCCCGUUCAGCCAACAGGAGGUCAGCGUGCAGCACGUCGCCCAGCAGCUCACCCUCCUGCAGCAGGAAAUAUUUCAAGGAUGUCAUCCAGUUCAUUUCCUCAACUCCAGGAUACAAGGAGUCAGAGACAAAGUCUUGAGUCCAAAUAAGGAUGUGUCAUGGCCCGUCCCACCAGCAGGGGGCAGGGCUGUGCUUGCUCAGGAGGGGACAGCAGACAGCUUCCUUCAGCGGCUGCUCACUCAUGCUGACAGUGUCACUAACUGGAUCUCUGCUGAAAUAGUCAUCUGUGACUCAGUGAAGUCACAAGCUGCUUUGCUGACCAAGUACUUAUGGAUAGGAAAACACUGCUACGAGUGGAGGAACUUUGCCACAGCCAUGCAGGUCCUUCGCGCUCUGGAAAAUGUGAUUGUCAGGCAAUUACCAGCUUGGAAACACCUGACUUCCAAGAUUUUUGAGAUCCUGGAGGAGCUGCGAGCUGUGCAGGUUUUCCUGAAGAGUGAUGACCUGUGUCUCAUGGGGGGACAGCACACUCAGAGGAGGCCCACCCUGCCCUCAGCACACAUCCUCGCCAUGCACGUCCAGCAGCUGGAGAUCGGCGCUUUCACGCUCACCACUGGAGCCUACAAGUGGAACAAACUCAGGAGCAUAGCAAAGGUGGUGAGUCAGGUCCACGCCUUCCAGGAGGCUCUGUACCCCUACAAGCCAGACAGAGACCUUCAGGCCUACUUGCACAGCCGGAUUACCAGGCUUGCCAACUCGGACAUCCACCUUUUGGCAGCUGACAACGAUGCCAACUUUCAGCAGUCCAACGAGCGUCAGACGCGAAGAAUCCACAACACUCUGAAAAGAGUGAAGGCCACCUUCCAGUGAAAGCCCCAUCACUUUACAAAGUCAGACACUGUGACAAGGUCGAUGCCUCUGUCGUCCCUGCUCUGAUGUUUCUUUUGCUGUGAUGUUUCUCAUAAGUCUGCAGCAUAACCUUCAGCUUCCAGGGAAACUGGCUUCAUCACUCUCAUUUCUAGCAGGUUCUGCAGCUAAUCUCUGCUCUGUUUGAUGUUUGAUUAACUCGCUUUCACACAAAAGGAAAAGACAUGUUUCUUCUUCACAGUGAUUCUCCUUCAUUUUGUUUGUGCUUCUGUGUUAUUGGACUGGAGCAUCGAUGUCAAUCAUAGUCUCACAUUUGGACAACGUUUAUCAAAACUGUAAAAUGUAUAUUUAAAGUUAAGUUUGAUUAUCAAAACUGAAUAAACUGGCAACAUGUGCCAAGGUUUGAGGCGCUGUGAAAGGCAGCUGCCACCAUGUGAUGGAUCAACGUUUGCUUAGGAUGAACACAUCCGGAGCACCAUUUAACUCAUGUUUGAUGCUUUAAGUGGCAUCCCGCUUUUACGUGCCUUUGAAGGGCGAACGUUCGGCUUAUUUAGGAGAAAAUCUUUUUUGAUUCUGACAUUUGUUUUGUUCAAGUGACAAUAGCUGAGGUCAACAGAAACACACAAACCUACCUGUUGUUGCACAAAAAGGGACAUCAACUGAAAGAUUUGUUACCUACUGUAAAUUAUACUUUUAAUUAUUAUUAUUUUUUUUUUGUGGGAUUAGUUUGAAAUUUAGAUGUGUCAUUUUCUUUCAAGUGCUAUACUACCAUUGUUCAUAUUUCAGUCUGUCACUUUUUGACAUGUAUAUCUGACAAAAAAAAAUAUAACACAGUUUACAUUUCCUAAUCUGAUCGAGUUAUCUCAGGUGUGCAACUAAAAUGUAGUAAAACUUUUAGAAGAAGAAAGUAAGACCCUCAUUUCCCAUUGAGUCUUUGAUAAACAGUCGUUCAAAGCUCAGAAAACAGGCGGCAAGUGUCAGUACUGUUGUUUUUUUGUUUUCUUUUCUUUUCAAAGAAAACGUUCUAAACCCAGUUAAAGAGCUAUGCACCCUUCUGCUCUCUUUGGGGUCCAGAUGACUCCACCCACAUAUUGAUGUGUGAUUCUUCCAUCACAAAUGUGGACAAAGGUGGACAGGAUUUUAUGUCUGCCAUGGACAUUAGUGAUACUCAAAAAUCAAAGAUAAAAAAAAGUUCAGCGCACUGUCUUGUGGGGUCCAGAUGACCCCACUUAUAAUGUAAACAAGCCAAGGAGAGCAGAAAGGUUCCAGACAAGCCCAGUUUUGACACUGGAAUGACUGCGUUUGUCAUUACGAUGUGAAUAUGCGUCAGCAUUUUCGGUGCGGUGGGCCAUAAAUAUUUAAAACAAUAUAUCAUAAAAUGUAAAUGAUAGUUAUUUUGUGACUGUUGGCUGAUUGUUUCAUAAGUUAAGAGCUAGAAAAUCUGUGCUGUAAAAUCAAUAGUUCUGCUGUAGUAACAUGUUUACUACUACAGGGUCCUUACAGUCUGACACAUGCAUGUUUAUAGACUUCUGCCUUCUAUAGACAUCUCUCGCCACAUAACUAUUGAUUGAUUGAUAGUAAACCGUUUCUGUAACUAUGUGUAAAAUAGGCUGUGAUUAUAAACACAACUUAUUGAUCCUUUGUAUGACGAGGCAGACAGCGCUGUGCUUGUCCUGUCUUUCAUAGGAGAUAUUUAUUAUUUGUGUGUUUUUGCAUGUGCUGGUUGAGACCUUCCCCUCAGCUUGAAGUAGCUGCUUUCAGCUUCACUUCUUUCAACUCCAGCACAGAUACAGUUUUCAAAA